UCUAAACGUUUAAAGGAUCCAGUUUAUCAAUACACCUAAAAAUAGUACGUGUGUACACAAUAUGAAAGUAACCAAAAUGGCCAUAAAGUUAACAAGUUCGAUUUGGGAUAAUUCUAACAUUAUAAAAGCAUAAAUAUGGAUUAAAUAGGAUGCAUUAAUAAUUUCUGAAUAAGCUUGCAGUAUAAAGAUUAAAGCUUUUACGAAGAAAUGGAUAAUCAAAACGAUCUGCAAUUCUUAUCCGUCAAACUAUAUCAUCACCUUUCUGAUGUUGUUGUUGGAUCUGAAAAAGCUGUUAAAUAUAGAAGAUACUUUUAUAAAUGCUUCGAUGAAACCUCGCUCUUCGGACAGUGUAAGGUAAUUAGUAGCGGUAGUAAAGCAGAGGGUCUUGAUCUUCCUGGUAGUGAUAUGGAUUAUAUGUUUCUAGCUCAAGGUUAUAUGGUUGAAGAAAAGCUUGGGAAUACAAAAGAAAAGCAUUUGGUUCUAGACACAGAUAAUGCUCUGCCAGGUUUUGCCUUAAUAAAAAUUUCGGAUAAUAGUGAUUUCAUAGGCAACAUCAAUGUCAUACAGACAGUUGAUGGACAACUCUUAAAAAAUGACAUUUUAAAACAAUCGCGUUUUCAAGUUAUGAAUGAAGCUCCUUCAAUGUUUGACAUGGCUAAAGUACUAAAACUGGACGUUCAAACACUAUGUAAGGUUCAGGGUCCAGCAAUAACUACUGCAAUCGAAGGAGCGGCGGAUGUAGAUUUUGUUUAUUGCCUCCCUUGUCGUGAAUGGCCUUCAAUUGCAAAACGUUGGUUGCACAGAAGUCGAUGCUUCAAAUGGCCCUCAUCAGAUUUGAUAACAGAGGCAAUACAUGGAGGUGUGUUGUUAGUACCCGUAGGAAGUAAAUCUCCUUCUACUGAAGAAAACAACACUGAAUGGAGGUUUUCAUUUUCUUUAACUGAAAAACUGUUAGUACACUCGUUCAACCACACUCAGUUGUUGUGCUAUGCCUUGUUAAAAAUUGUUCUAAAAGAGAUAUUUAACAAAGUAAAUAUUUUUAACAAACUUUUAUGUUCGUAUUACUUGAAGACGGUUCUAUUCUGGGUCUUAGAAGAAGUCGACCACCAAUAUUGGGUACCAGAAAACUUAUUGCGUUGCUUUUCCUUAUGUCUACAGCGUCUACAUUAUUUUAUUUCAUGUAAUUAUAUUCCAAAUUACUUUAUACCUGAACAUAAUAAGAUUGAAGGAAGAUUUUCAAAAAUAACUGGAAAAGAACUUGGAAUGUUUGCAGAAAAACUUCUUAUCAAAAAUAUAUGGAAAGUGCUGUUGUCAAUAGAUUUACUUUCUGAUUUACGCCGUGAUACGUGCUAUGUUUCGAAACCCUUAAAAGUAAUUUCAGAAUUCGAUAAAACCAUAAUUGCUAUGAAAAUACCAGACUGCACUCAAUGGAUUGAAGAUAUAUCAUGCAGAUCAUUGAGUUUCUUUGUUCACAGAAUUCGAAAUGAGAACUGUGAAACAUUUUUCAAAAAUAUCUAUGCAACUGCCUUACUAGACCUGUGUAAAAGAAAAGCAAUUUCUAUUAAAAUGCGUUCUAUUAAUUCACAGAACAUCAGCAAUAAGUUCUAUUAUUCUAAAUAUAAACAAUGCUUAUUCCAUCUACUGCUGAAUUUAAGCGGCGACGCCGUGUCCGGUUGGUUACUUCUUGCUACGUUUUUCUACUCUUGUCAGGAAUAUCGUAAGAUGAAUGUUUUACUUCAACUUUCAGAGGAAAUUAUAUCUCGGGAUAUAUAUACAGUGUCUAUAUUAGGGGACUUGUCUGCGGUCAAGCAAACUACUUUUGAAAAAAAGUUAGUUCCUAGUAAACAAUUCCUCAAAAGGUUAAGACAUUCAGUGAUAAGAUAUUUUAAUGUUCAAAAGAAUGAACAAAAUGCUGAUAGUUUUAUAUUUCACCAGGACCUGUCUAUUGACGGAGAGGAUUUUUUUAUGGGAACGCCAUUAGUUUUUAUACGCUAUCUUACAUUCUUAUAUUUUUACAGACAAAACAAUACAGAAGGAAUGAACAGUGCAAUUAUGAUGUUAAGGGAAGCUGUUGAAAAAUCCCCACAGUUAGAUGCUUCUUCCAUUACUAGAAAUUAUUGGUUUUUGGGACAUGCAUUGUCAUUUAUUAAUGAUAAUAUAAUUGAGCGUAUUGAAACCAUCAGAAGCAUGAUUUCCGCUGUAAAACCUUUUGAUGUUACAGGUUUAAUACAAUAUUGGACGGCAGAUUUUGAAAAUAUUAUAAGCCCUCUUUUAAAGGUUUAUCGAAAAGAUUCAUGAAUACAACCACAGUCAACCUCACGCCUUUCAUAAUAUAUAUGGUCGACUGUUUUUAUAUUACAAAACUGACCAUAAAGAUUCUGUUCAUAUUUCUAAUGUGGAAUCUUUAAAGGUGCGAGGAAUUCUCAUUAUUGUUUUAUAUGAUAAUUUGACAUGCACCAACUAAAAAAAAAAUUAAAAUGAUUUUAAUAUUGGUGAUCAGUACAAUGAAAGCUGGUCGUAGAUGCUAGCUUGAAUGAAUUAUGUGUAUAACCAUACUAUUGUUGGUUCCUGAAAUUAUGAUUUGUUAUAUAUCUAUAAAGAAGAUGUGUUUUGUUGUGGUUUGACGUGAAACGGAACUUACUUGAGCUAGAGAAGCCCACUCAUCGGGAGCGCCUUAUUGAUAUAAUAGCAUUAACACUUUCUCUCUAUUUCAGAGCUGAAACAGUUAAUUUAUACACCAAAAACGUUGUACAUCAUUGUGAUAUCCUGCUUUAUAGCGGUUAUUUGGUUGGUGCGAUUAAUACACUACAUGCACCGUAAACAUGUACAAUAAAAACACAGUGUGGGUAAAUAUCCAAUGAUUUAACGGACAUCGUUUGAAUCUCUACAUCACAAGGCAAAGUAAUUGUAACUGAUAUUAUAGGAUCAAGUGUAAAUAAAAAAAAUAAGGAACACAAUGUACAAACAAUUAUAUCAUUAUACUUAAUAACAUCACCCACUACUUGUUUUUGCAGUUGAUGUUGAUAUUAUUCAACUUUGUAUAUUGCAGAAAUCGUCAGAAACAUGCAUGUUUAAUUACUCAAUCUUUCAAACGGUUUAUAAGAUGUGAUUGUUUUCUAGGUAGUUGGUUUAGCUCUUUUGUGCGCAUGUUUCUGUUAAAGGUUAUGUAGAAGGGAAUUUAUAAUGCACGUUAUCGUUUCAUAUGUUUUGAAUUCGAUUAACUCUAAACAUUAGAUAUAUGCCAGUUACUCAGGAACAUUUAACUGUGUAAAUCCGAAAUAAAAGCUAAAAA